CUCGGGAUUGUCCGUCUUUGCCUUGGCUCUUCGUGCAUCAUCUUGCAGCUACGCACACGUGCAAUCUGACGUAGGAAGUUUCAUCGCAUCCGUCUUUCUUCAAUCAGCUUCCACCUUUCGACAGCCGUUGCAACACCGCAAUCAGUCAAUUUACGACAUGGUAUUCUCACUAUCCAAAUGGCGAAGACGGAGCGUUGUAAAGCCCUCGGAGAAUGGUACCAAGACAGCAGGGUACCAGAGUCGAAAUGAUGAUGCCACCGCUCCUAAAUCUCAAAGCGCAUUGCUCCUGCGUGCUGUCAAAACUCCUUACGAGGUGACUUCAGACUACGAAAUUCCUACCAUCAAGCAUGGGCACGAACUGUUGGUCAAAGUUACGGCUGUCGGGUUGAACCCCAUAGACUGGAAAGCACCUGAUUUCAACUUCGGAAUUCCGGUACUUCCUUACAUAGCAGGGCGCGAAUUUGUUGGAACUGUAAUCGAGACACCCAAGACUAACAACCCGCGAAUUCGCAAAGGCGACGUCGUGAUCGUGCCUUCGACCGACUAUCGAGACCUCCGCAAAGCAGCUUUCCAGCAGCACAGUAUAGCUUCUUCCUUCAACGCAAUCCGCCUUCCCGAGAGUAUAUCGGAGCAGUCCGGAGCAAUACUGGGUGUGGCAUUUGUCUCGGCCGUGUUAACUCUUGGUAUAUGCAUGGGUGUCGAUUUCUCUGCUAUCGAAGACGGGCCCGACCUUCGCAGCCUCGUGCAAGAAAUCGGAUCUGGUCGACUCCCCGAAGACAUCCGCAAAGAAUGUCUCCAAGGCAUCGAAGACAAGGAACGAGCACAGCCAGGCAACUUCCUAGUGGUAUGGGGCGGCAGUUCCACAUGCGCGCACAUCGUGAAGCAACUCGCCCGUCUCGCCGGACUCAAAAUCAUCUCCGUGGUCGACACUGGGAAACACGGGCUGCGACUAUCUUCACAAUCAGCAAUCCGUCCAGACCUACUCGUCGACUCGCACGACCCUGAGCGCGCUAUCAGUAUCAUCAAGUCGGCAACGGGGAACGGCGCGCGAUUCGGCUUUGACACGCAGGGCAAGGACUCCGCUGCUCAUUUACUGCGCUCGCUAGCAUCUACACCAGAGGAGUACUUCCCAGAUGAAGAGAUCGAAUUCAACACUACGUCGGAUAAGACCAAGCUCCCCACUCCGCCAUCUACCCCUUCCAAGUCCUCUACUGGAAAACCCACGCGCUCACAUCUCAUCGGUCUUACUGGACUUCCCAAGACAGGCAUCCCCGAUGAUGUUGCUCUCCACAGCGUACCUAUCAAGCUGUUCCACGAGGUACCGGAAGUUGGGGAGGCGCUGAGUGCAUGGUGCGAGAAACUAUUAGCGAAGGGCCUUUUGGUUACGCCUGAUGUUGUGGGCGUUGUAGAGGGGCUUGAGGGCAUUAACGCGGGUUUGGAUCGAUUGAGAAGGAGGGAGGUUAGCGGGGGACGGUUGGUCGCUGUCUUGAAGUAGAUCCAGUAGAUACGCUGCUGGAAAUUUAUAUAUGGCGCGCGAAUCUUGGAGAAAGGGAUGGUGAUUGGAUUUCGGCUUUAUGUUAGGUAUAAUCUAUAUACGUUCACGCAUGUAUAUGACGUGUGAUCAAAACCCUCAAACUGCUCGCCAAUAUUACUACAGCUAUCUUCAGUCUUUCUAAUCCACUUGCUUCCGGACGGUCUAAGCAUCCACAACUUCAUAUCUGUUGUUAAGCAAUUUGAAGUUUUGCAAUUCGGCCACUGAGUUGGAUACAGCCACAGAACAAUAGUGUCAUUAAUAGCGAAGCCCAUGUAUCGAUACCAUACCUCCAAUAACACCCCCUCAGACCUCCCAACCACCCAAAUAAUAUCACAGAUCCAUCAUGUUCCCUGAACGCUGGCUCUACACCCAUAACAUUUUCCUUCGUGUCUCUUAAUUCCAAAAACGUCUCGCCGCGCACUGCUUAUGACAUCGUAUCGGGUUCUGAGGCAAUGCGCUUCCUCAUACUACAGGUCUUUCGCUCCAAAGGUAAUUAUGUGAUGGUUAUCUUUUCGGCAUGUGUUUUUCCAAGCUUGAAUGGCGUCAUAUGCGUGGGGUUGAGUGUGUUGAGCUCUGGAGGCUUGGGCGAGCACGUCAUUUGGUCUAA